AAGCAUCAUGUUUUGGAAGUUUGAUUUACACACAACAUCCCACAUCGACACCCUCCUGGAGAAGGAAGAUGUGACUCUGACAGAGGUGAUGGACGAGGAGGAUGUCCUGCAGGAGUGCAAGGCCCAGAACCACAAGCUAGUGGACUUCCUGGUACGGCCUCAGUGCAUGGAGGACCUGGUAACUUACAUCACGCAGGAGCCAAGUGAUGAUGUGGAGGAGAAGAUCAAGUACAAGUAAGUGGGAUUCAUACACUAGGCCAGGAUAUACUUACGAAUAUAUGCCAGUUUUGAGAGCGAUUUCUUGUUUUCUUUCAGCUUCCCUUGCGUUUACCUCAAGGGAAUUCCCCUACAAUCACAAGGGUGCAAACAUGACUUGCUAGACAGUCAAUUAUAUAGGACCUUUGAUGUGAUCUUUUGUGUAGUAUAGGUACUGUAUUAAUCUAUCACUAAAUGUUGUACUUUCAGGUACCCCAACAUAUCCUGUGAACUCCUUACCUCGGAUGUUGGGCAGAUCAAUGACAGACUGGGAGAAGAUGAAAGUUUACUGAUGAAACUUUAUGGCUUCUUGCAAAACGAAUCUCCACUCAACCCUUUACUGGCCAGUUUUUUCAGCAAGGUCCUGAGCAUCCUCAUCGGCAGGAAACCAGAACAGGUGAGAUCAAUACAGAACGCUAGUAUAAACCACACUGGUUUUAAAAAGUUUGACCUGCUCUGGGAGAAAAGAUUGUCCUGUGACACAUCCUUAAACAAACUUCCACUAUCUUUUGCAGAUUGUGGAGUUUCUGCGGAAGAGGGAAGACUUUGUGGACUUAAUGAUUAAACACAUAGGGACCUCUGCCAUCAUGGACUUGUUGCUCAGAAUGCUGACCUGCAUUGAACCACAGCAGCUCAGACAAGAUGUCUUAAAUGUAAGUGUUAUUUGGUUUUCUUCAUGUUUUGAUGUUUCGGUCAAUUUUUUUAGUGUUCAAUCAUCAACCUCUAACUUCUUCUCUUCCUACAGUGGCUGAACGAGGAGAAGGUGAUCCAGAGGCUUGUUGAUAUGGUCCAGCCUUCUCAGGAUGAGGAUGUAAGUCACAUUUCAUCAGCAGUUUGUUUGGAGUCCUGUUGCUCUUUUGCAGUGUCUUCACCAGUCUGCCUCUCUGUUCAUCAUCCAGAGGCACUCCAACGCAUCCCAGUCGCUGUGCGAAAUCAUCCGCCUCAGCAGAGAUCAGAUGUUCCAAGUGCAGGGCUGCUCAGAGCCUGACCCCUUACUGGCCACACUGGAAAAGUGAGUCUCUACAACCUGUUUUUUAUUUUUUCAACAAGGAAUACUCAUUAUUACUGUCAUGAUAUUCACUGUAUUUUAUUGUCGUGGCAAAAUCACUACUGAUUUACAUGUCCCUCCCUUUCUCUCAGACAAGAGACUGUGGAGCAGUUGCUGUCCAACAUAUUUGACAAAGAGAAAAAUGACUCUGCAAUAGUCAGUGUAAUUCAGAUUCUCCUGACACUCUUUGAGACACGAAGACCAGCGUAAGUUAACAAUAUCCCAUUUUAAAGUUUGAUUUGUUUUGUGUUGUGAGACUUGUCUGAUGUACUGUUCUGUCAUGUGCAGGUUCGAAGGCCAUUUGGAAAUCUGUCCUCCUGGUAUGAGCCACCCAUCCUUCUCAGUCAAUCAGAGCAUUCUCGAGGCUGUCAGACCCAGGCUCAAAGACUUCCAUCAACUGCUGCUGGAACCCCCAAAGGUAAUACCAUACUUUGCAUACACUAUAUAUACAUAAGUAUGUGGACACCCCUUCAAAUUAGUGGAUUCGACUAUUUUAGCCACACCCGUUGCUGACAGGUGUAUAAAAUUGAGCACACAGCCACGCAAUCUCCAUAGACAAACAUUGGCAGUAGAAUUGCCUUACUGAAGAGCUCAGUGACUUUCAACGUGGCACCGUCAUACGAUGCCACCUUUCCAACAAGUCAGUUCAUCAAAUUUCUUCCCUGCUAGAGCUGCCCCAGUCAACUGUAAGUGCUGUUAUUGUGAAGUGGAAACGUCUAGAAGCAACAACGGCUCAGUCGCGAAGUGGUAGGCCACACAAGCUCACAGAAUGGGACUGGCGAGUGCUGAAGCGCGUAGUGUGUAAAAAUCGUCUGUCCUUGGUUGCAACACUCACUACCGACUUCCAAACUGCCUCUGGAAGCAACGUCAGCACAAGAACUGUUCGUCUUGGAGCUUAAUUAAAUGGGUUUCCAUGGCCGAGCAUCCGCACACAAAAAUAAGAUCACCAUGCGCAAUUCCAAGCGUCGGCUGGAGUGGUAUAAAGCUUGCCACCAUUGGACUCUGGAGCAGUGGAAACGCGUUCUCUGGAGUGAUGAAUCACGCUUCACCAUCUGGCAGUCUGACGGACAAAUCUAGUUUUGGCGGAUGCCAGGAGAACGCUACCUGCCCCAAUGCAUAGUGCCAACUGUAAAGUUUGGUGGAGGAGGAAUAAUGGUCUGGGGCUGUUUUUCAUGGUUCAGGCUAGGCCCCUUAUUUCCAGUAAAAGGAAAUCUUAACUUUACCAGCAUAUAAAUACGUUGUAGACGAUUCUGUGCUUCCAGCUUUGUGGCAACAGUUUGGGGAAGGCCCUUUCCUGUUUCAGCAUGACAAUGCCCCUGUGCACAAAGCGAGGUUCAUACAGAUAUGGUUUGUCGAGAUUGGUGUAGAAGAACUUGACAGGACUGCACAGAGCCCUGACCUCAACUUCAUUGAACACCUUUGGGAUGAAUUGGAAUGCCGACUGCGAGCCAGGCCUAAUCGCCCAACAUAAGUGCCCGACCUCACUAAUGCUCUUGUGGCUGAAUAGAAGCAAGUCCCUGCAGCAAUGUUCCAACAUGUAAUGGAAAGCCUUCCCAGAAGAGUUGAGGCUGUUAUAGCAGCAAAGGGGAGACCAACUCCAUAUUUUGCCCAUGAUUUUGGAAUGAGAUGUUUGACGAGAAGAUGUCCACAUACUUUUGGUCAUGUAGUGUACCUACAGUGAGGGGAAAAAAGUAUUUGAUCCCCUGCUAAUUUUGUACGUUUGCCCACUGACAAAGAAAUGAUCAGUCUAUAAUUUGAAUGGUAGGUUUAUUUGAAUAGUGAGAGACAGAAUAACAAAAAAAAUCCAGAAAAACGCAUGUCAAAAAUGUUAUACAUUGAUUUGCAUUUUAAUGAGGGAAAUAAGUAUUUGACCCCUCUGCAAAACAUGACUUAGUACUUCGUGGCAAAACCCUUGUUGGCAAUCACAAAAGUCAGACGUUUCUUGUAGUUGGCCACCAGGUUUGCACACAUCUCAGGAGGGAUUUUGUCCCACUCCUCUUUGCAGAUCUUCUCCAAGUCAUUAAGGUUUCGAACCUUCAGCUCCCUCCACAGAUUUUCUAUGGGAUUAAGGUCUGGAGACUGGCUAGGCCACUCCAGGACCUUAAUGGGCUUCUUCUUGAGCCACUCCUUUGUUGCCUAGGCCGUGUGUUUUGGGUCAUUGUCAUGCUGGAAUACCCAACCACGACCCAUUUUCAAUGCCCUGGCUGAGGGAAGGAGGUUCUCACCCAAGAUUUGACAGUACAUGGCCCCGUCCAUCGUCCCUUUGAUACGGUGAAGUUGUCCUGUCCCCUUAGCAGAAAAACACCCCCAAAGCAUAAUGUUUCCACCUCCAUGUUUGACGGUGGGGAUGGUGUUCUUGUGGUCAUAGGCAGCAUUCCUCCUCCUCCAAACACGGCGAGUUGAGUUGAUACCAAAGAGCUCCAUUUUGGUCUCAUCUGACCACAACACUUUCACCCAGAUCUCCUCUGAAUCAUUCAGAUGUUCAUUGGCAAACUUCAGACGGGCAUGUACAGUGCUAUGAAAAAGUAUUUGUCCCCUUUCUAAUUUUCUCUACUUUUACAUAUUUGUGAUACUGAAUUAUCAGGUCUUCAACCAAAACCUAAUAUUAGAUAAAGGGAACAUAAGUGAACAAAUAACACAACAAUUACAUAUUUAUUUCAUAAACAAAGUUAUGCAACACCCAAUUCCCCUGUGUGGAAAAAGUAAUUGCCCCCUUACACUCUAACUGGUUGUGCCACCUUUAGCUGCAAUGACUCCAACCAAAUGCUUUGUGUAGUUGUUGAUCAGUCUCUCACGUCGCUGUGGAGGAAUUUUGGGCCACUCUUCCAUGCAGAACUGCUUUAACUCAGUGACGUGUGGGUUUUCAAGCAUGAACUGCUCGUUUCAAGUCCUGCCACAACAUCUCAAUUGGGAUUAGGUCUGGACUUUACCUGGGCCAUUCCAAAACUUCAAAUUUGUUGCUUUUUAGCCAUUUUCAAGUAGACUUCAUUUUGUUUUUGGGAUCAUUGUCUUGCUGCAUGACCCAGCUGCGCUUCAGCUUCAAAAGUAUAACUUUUUGGACGACAUGGUUCCAGUAAUGCCUGGCGAAAACCAACCACUGCAUUCCACAGUAAGAACAUCAUACCAAAGGUCAAGCAUGGUGGUGAUGGUUUGGGGAUGCUUUGCUGCCUCAGGACCUGGACGACUUGCCUUAAUAGAAGGAACCAUGAAUUCUGCUCUGUAUCAGAGAAUUCUACAGGAGAAUGUCAGACCAUCCGUCUGUGAGCUGAAGCGCAGCUGGGUCAUGCAGCAAGACAAUGAUCCAAAAAACACAAUCAAGUCUACUUGAAAAUUGCUAAAAAGCAACAAAUUGGAAGUUUUGGAAUGGCCCAGGCAAAGUCCAGACCUAAUCCCAAUUGAGAUGUUGUGGCAGGACUUGAAACGAGCAGUUCAUGCUUGAAAACCCACACGUCACUGAGUUAAAGCAGUUCUGCAUGGAAGAGUGGCCCAAAAUUCCUCCACAGCGACGUGAGAGACUGAUCAACAACUACACGAAGCAUUUGGUUGGAGUCAUUGCAGCUAAAGGUGGCACAACCAGUUAUUGAGUGUAAGGGGGCAAUUACUUUUUCACACAGGGGAAUUGGGUGUUGCGUAACUUUGUUUAUGAAAUAAAUAUGUAAUUGUGUUAUUUGUUCACUUAUGUUCCCUUUAUCUAAUAUUAGGUUUUGGUUGAAGAUCUGAUAACAUUCAGUAUCACAUAUGCAAAAGUAGAGAAUUAGAAAGGGGGCAAAUACUUUUUCAUAGCACUGUGUGCUUUCUUGAGCAGGGGGACCUUGCGGGUGCUGCAGGAUUUCAGUCCUUCACGGCGUAGUGUGUUACCAAUUGUUUUCUUGGUGACUAUGGUCACAGCUGCCUUGAGAUCAUUGACAAGAUCCUCACGUGUAGUUCUGGGCUGAUUCCUCACCGUUCUCAUGAUCAUUGCAACUCCACGAGGUGAGAUCUUGCAUGGAGCCCCAGGCCGAGAGAGAUUGACAGUUCUUUUGUGUUUCUUCCAUUUGUGAAUAAUCGCACCAACUGUUGUCACCUUCUCACCAAGCUGCUUGGCGAUGGUCUUGUAGCCCAUUCCAGCCUUGUGUAGGUCUACAAUCUUGUCCCUGACAUCCUUGGAGAGCUCUUUGGUCUUGGCCAUGGUGGAGAGUUUGGAAUCUGAUUGAUUGCUUCUGUGGACAGGUGUCUUUUAUACAGGUAACAAGCUGAGAUUAGGAGCACUCCCUUUAAGAGUGUGCUCCUAAUCUCAGCUCGUUACCAGUAUAAAAGACACCUGGGAGCCAGAAAUCUUUGAUUGAGAGGGGGUCAUACUUAUUUCCCUCAUUCAAAUGCAAAUCAAUUUAUAACAUUUUUGACAUGCGUCUUUCUGGAUUUUUUUGUUGUUAUUCUGUGUCUCACUGUUCAAAUAAACCUACCAUUAAAAUUAUAGACUGAUCAUGUCUUUGUCAGUGGGCAAACGUACAAAAUCAGCAGGGGAUCAAAUACUUUUUCCCUCACUGUAUCGUCUUACACACACUAAACAGUGCAGACAUUUCAGGCCAUUUUAGUAAGCUAAGUAGAGGUUUUUCUCCGUUAUGAACUUGAAAGAAAUAUGACUAACCACUAUUUUCAAUAAACUAUUACUACUCUCUUUCAAUGUUUUUGUUAUCCUGCCAUCUCAAUCUCGGUUCAACUUUGAGUCAUAUUUAUCGUCAGAGUGGGUGGUCUUUCCUCUAAUUUACUUUACAAGUGCAGUCCACUCUACAAGUUCACUCCAAUGGUGGUUGUAUUUGCGUUACCAAGUUCAAUGAAUGUAGUCUGUGAGAGUCUGAUUUUGUUCCUUUCAUCACCAUAUUUGCAGAAGAAUAUCAUGAAAACCACAUGGGGAGUGCUAGACCCCCCAGUGGGCAACACCCGGCUGAAUGUGGUCCGUCUAGUGGCUAGCCUUCUGCAGACCAACACUCAUAUCAUCAACAUGGAGCUGACUAACCUCAACACUCUAGGAGUCAUACUCGUAAGUUGCCUGUCUUCUUGUGUGGUUUUUUUACACUUGGUUUUUAGUACUAGUUGUUCCUGCCAAAACCCGCACCUGGAUUUAGACUGCUAUGCACAAGGGUUUCUGUCUUUUAUGACACUAGUUCCCUUACUACCCCCUUCUCAUAACCAAGGUCAACAGGGAUGAUGCAAACUUCAACAACAUGGUUUGGGACAUUUUCAUAUUAAAUAAAUGUAUUUAUAUUUUAUAUAUUUUUCUCCAUUUUAUUCUCAGGACAUGUACUUCAAAUAUAUAUGGAAUAACUUCCUGCAUUUACAAGUAGAAAUAUGCACUGCGAUGAUCCUAGCAAUGCCCCCAGCCCAAAGUGAAAACCCCGAAAUCAACAGUGACCAGGAGCCUGUCAGAGAAAGCCACCUCAUCAAACAUGUGAGGCUUUAUCAGCCUUUUCUUUACAUCUAUUAUGGUAUUCAUGUCGGACAAGUCAAUUCAUUAUUUUUUGUGCUCGGUGUUUUAGCUGUUUCAGAAGUGCCAGUUUAUACAGAGAAUUCUUGAUGCAUGGAGCUCCAACGAGAAAGUGCAGUAAGUACUGUUAUUAUUAAUGAUGGAUAUGUUUCUCAUUCCGUUAUGCAUUUAGACCAUAAUGCUGUUGUUACCAGACCAAUGGACUUUGCAGAUUUGUGUUUAAAUCUCUUGUGAGCUCUUUGGUUUUUACCCUUGCGAAGGCUCACAAAUGUCACCACAAUGUGCCAGUAGGCUUCAAUAAGUGUGUAUCCUCUUGCAGAGCUGAGGGUGGACGUAGACAAGGCUACAUGGGCCACUUGACCAGAAUAGCCAACUCAAUAGUGCACAACAGUGACAAGGGCCCCAAUGGUGCACAGAUACAGCAGCUCAUCUCAGGUGAGUGCACUUUGAGACCUAUAAGGAAUGAGGUUGUUGGAGCGAAACACCCCCCCCCCCCCCCCCCCCAAAAAAAAAACUGUCCUUACUAUAUCCUGAAAUGAGGUGGAAUAGACUAAUCUUCUUAUUUCUCUGCUUUAUUUCAGAGCUCACAGAGGAUGACAAAGACAGAUGGGAGGCCUUCACUUCUGGUCAGCUAGCUGAAACAAACAAGAGAAACACUGUAGACCUAGUAAGUCUGAUACAGACACCUCCGUUACUUAAUGCCAAAAUGGAUGUUUGCAAAGUACACAGUAUUUACACUGACAUGUACUGAAAGGUGAAGUGCCAGUAGUGCCAAAGCUGUCUGAAGGAUGUCUCGUGGUUGUCCUCUUAGUAAUAAGGUUGUUUGCACUGUGCCCUAGGUGAACACACACCAUAUUCACUCAUCCAGUGACGAUGAGGUAGACUUCAAGGACAGCGGAUUCACCCACGGUUCCUCUUUACAACAAGUAAGUCUGUAACUGGAUGAGACUAUAUAAAUACUGCUAAAUCUGCAUGUUGAUGCUUUUUAUAAUUGUUAACAUUAUUAUACUGGACUAAUAAUGUCUAGUAAUAGUAGUACUGAUAUGUGCAUUUUAUAAACUAAUAUUAAACAUGUAUCUUCCAAAUGUAAGUAUGCAUGUGCUCUUAAUCUGAAAACUAUUAACGUAUAGCUACAGUAUUAGUCAAUUGUUUUGAAUUGAAGUACUUGAAGUUUUUUGUAGUGCCAAGACUAUAUCAUUAUCAUUGGUCCUGGGUUUGCCAGGCCUUUUCUGAUUAUCAGAUGCAACAAAUGACGUCCAAUUUUAUUGAGCAGUUUGGCUUCAAUGACGAAGAGUUUGCUGAUCAGGAUGAUGUCGUGGAGUGAGUACUGAUCCUGCAUGUUUUCUUCAUAACCUGCUAUUAUACUGGUUGGGGGAUUUCAAUAAGGGUUUCGGGUGACUACUGGUAUUCUAUUAAUACAUUCUCUGCUUACUUAACAAAGGACUGGGAAUCAGUUUCUUUCUCUGUACAAAGGUUUAGGUUACAUACAUGUUUGCAAUUAACAUUUACAUAUGAAAAUAAAAUGCCACUGUUUGGAUAAUGAUAUCGCUAGUGUGGGGGAAAGUAAUUGGUAGGUAAAUUGGAUGCCAGUCUGAAUUCGGAAACCCAUGAAUGUCAAAUUUUCUUAUGAUUACAUUUAACUAGCUGUUAUUAUACAGGUCCAGAUAGUAACUUUGUAAUUGUUAAUUGCAAAACAGGUAUUUUUUUCUGGAUCAAAAUGGGCUUACGUGGUGUGGGUGUGGACAUGAGCGUGGCCGCCGACCAACAUUUUUUAGAGGCCCUCCUGUUGGGCACAAUGACAAAAUUGAGCUGUUUUAAAGCAUGGCUUAUGAGUCAAAUAUCCCUUUUAUACUAAGGCGUUUUUCCGCCCACUUUAUCAUACAGCCAACCUUUACCGCUUUUUCUUUAUCUGAAAGGUAUUGCCGGUAUCAAAGCCUACAUUUUUAUUUCCGCCAAACGACCUACUAAUCAUUUCGGUAAAGUUCUGCUUACGGCAUAGUAUGAAACGUAGCGGUAAUGUUGAGGCGGCUUUGGCACGCACUACGCUCUUAAACUCUUGAUGGUUGCUAGACGGCCAGUUCUAAACUUCGCAAGACAUGUCACUUCGCUCAUCUCUUCGCAUAGCCCACCACUAAGCAUGCACUUUUCUUAACCACAACUGGAUGGAUCCAUAAAUAAGUACUGUGGGAAUAAAUAUCACUAAAUUAUGAAAAUAUUGGAAUAAAGUAUGCUAAUGAAAUUGAAGGCAUGUAAUAAAUGGUUGCUUACUGAAACUUCCCAAAGUCAUCCAAUCCUUGUAAUACAUUUGAAUCAAUAGCCUGCCCGCGUGUGGUCAACUAGAUUGUCAUUUCACUACCGUUUUGAUUGGGACGGUGCCAUCGCGCUGCUUUGAGACAAGUGUUUGGACUAGUCUUGAUAAAUCAAUAAAUGUCAGAUUUUGUUGCUUUACCUGAAUCUCCGCUUGGAUAUUGGUUUGGCUACAAUUAGGCUGGGGAAAUGUUAGUGGAGGUGAGUGCUGCUCAUGAUUGUCUUGUGUAGUUUUGCCAUGUUAUGUAGUUUAACAAGUGGAUUAUUUAGCUCUUUACUCAGUCGUUUAGUAGCCUAGGCCUACUCCCAACCAAAAGCCUGUGACUUCACUGACUUGUCUGAUAAUCAAUCAAUGUGAUUUUGUUUCACUGAAUCUCCGUCUCUAUAGGCUAUUUGGUUCAUUCUCUGGCUGGGCAAAUAUAGCUAAUCUAUUCGUUUGCUCAUCUAUCACUGAUCAGAAACAUUUAUGAUGCAAUAAUGUAGCCUAAAUCAAGUGUAUGCUUAUUAUUUUGCUCAAUUGCAUAUAGAUCAACUCCAAAAGCCCACAGAGGUUGUGAAAAUGAACGAAACUCGCAUGCUUUUGAAAAUAUAAUUGAUAGUAUUUUCUAUCGGUAUCAUGAAGGUAAGACCCUAUGCCUGCUCCAUAACAAAGCGGAUUGAGGGUAGGAAAGAUGACACGUGGAUAAAAAAUGCACUGGCUUGGGCUCUUUAAAAAAAUCUUUUUUUUUUUUCUCGACAGUGGUACCACAUGUUCCUGUGACACAAGUUGUGUAGGGAAAAAUAUGUAUUUUAUUCUUUUAUCCCAUUAUAUUCUUACUAUAAAAUCUGUGUUGACUCAUCGGGUAGGUGUUUUGUCUGUUUUAAUGAACAAAAUAACAAACUAUUGAUUUGAUUUGGAUGGUUUAGCCUAAUUAAACUAAAAUGCUAUUCUUUUGAAAAUACAUUUUGUUUAUGUUUCUUAGGACUUGCCUAAAUGAAUUAAUAAUGGAUUUCUUUUUGAUGGUGUAUAUUCUCAAUGGAUUUAUUAAAAUCGACCCACAUCUGCACACCACUAUUACCACUUGUCCCCAGCAUGCACACAGGAGGUAUAAAAGGUGUAUGCAGGCAAGAAUGUGGUUAAAAAUGUGCCUGUUUUGUAAGGGGGUCAUAUAAACAUUGGCAAUUUUUUUUACAGGCUAAACAAUGUAACUCAUGUGAAAGCAGUAGAACAUUAUAACAAAAUCACAAAUCAUAAUUUUGUGCUUUUUUGAUUCUCCCUGUCUGUCUAGCUUUUAUUUUGGUGAUUGUUAGUUUUCAAAGAUCUUAUUUAAAAAUUAUAUAGGUCCAUUAUCUUUCCUACAUACUUCAUCUGUUUUUAGUCGUUUGUUUACACUGAAAACGUUUUUCCAUCCCCCAUAUUUUUUUUUUACUGUUUGGACAUAGGCCGCCCGAGGAAAAACACUUAGGCGACACACCCAAGACUUUUCUAUGCAGAACAAACCCUGCAAAAUUCAGUUUAGUUUGGAGUAAGUAGCGCACUUCAACCCUCCUCUGUGCCACUGCUCUCUGCGUCUUCUUGUUAUUUGGUAAUCUGCUGGGGUUUGGGCUCCUGUGGAGAAUGACCAGCUGGGAAUGGCUGGCUGGAGUUUCUGCAUAAAGCUGCUUUAAUGUGAAUUACAUUGCCAUCAUUAUCCUUCUACCUGUUACUGGGCCUCUGUAGGUAGGCGUCCUGAAGCCAUUGUGUUUAGUCAUUGUGUGAAGUCAUUGUCUAAUUAAUAUAACUAAACUAAACUCUUUUCUUUAACAUUUCAGUAUUCCCUUUGAUAGAAUAUCAGACAUCAAUUUUUCCUUGAAUACAAAUGAAAGUGUAAGUAUUUUAAUAUAAUUUCAUGUAAUGCAUUUCAAAGGUAGUGAAAGGAUGUUCAAAUGAAUGCCAUAUUGUCUUCCAUUUUUUACCGGAGAUAUGUUCAAUUCUAGUGGGAAUGAGUAAGAGAAUUUUCCUCAAACUGCUACAUCAUCUCCCAAAACUUUGAAGUUGACCAUUUUUAUAAUGCUGUACAGUGUUUACCCUAGGAUUUAUUUAAGCCGCAGAGACACAACUUUGCUGUUUUAAAGCUAAUUUCCUGGAAGUCUACACAUUUUGCCAUGGCUUAUGCCUUGUUCUUAUGCUAUCUAAGUGAUUCAAACAUUAUAACAGUCAAUGGGGGCCACAUGACAUUUUGGGAAUUUCAGAUUCUCCCUGACUAGUUUUUAUUUAGGUAAUUGUUAGUUCUCAAAGAUGAUCCUAUUUAAAAAUAAAUAAAUUGCUUCAUUAUCUUUUCAACAUACUUUAUAUCUGGUGUUAGUCAGUUUAAGUUUACACUGAAAGUGUUUUACCAUCCUGAAAAUUAUUCCCCUUAAUGCAUAUAGGGGAGGUACUGGUACAUACAGUGGGGGAAAAAAGUAUUUAGUCAGCCACCAAUUGUGCAAGUUCUCCCACUUAAAAAGAUGAGAGGCCUGUAAUUUUCAUCAUAGGUACAUGUCAACUAUGACAGACAAAUUGAGAUUUUUUUCUCUCCACAAAAUCACAUUGUAGGAUUUUUUAAUGAAUUUAUUUGCAAAUUAUGGUGGAAAAUAAGUAUUUGGUCACCUACAAACAAGCAAGAUUUCUGGCUCUCACAGACCUGUAACUUCUUCUUUAAGAGGCUUCUCUGACCUCCACUCGUUACCUGUAUUAAUGGCACCUGUUUGAACUUGUUAUCAGUAUAAAAGACACCUGUCCACAACCUCAAACAGUCACACUCCAAACUCCACUAUGGCCAAGACCAAAGAGCUGUCAAAGGACACCAGAAACAAAAUUGUAGACCUGCACCAGGCUGGAAAGACUGAAUCUACAAUAGGUAAGCAGCUUGGUUUGAAGAAAUCAACUGUGGGAGCAAUUAUUAGGAAAUGGAAGACAUACAAGACCACUGAUAAUCUCCCUCGAUCUGGGGCUCCACGUAAGAUCUCACCCCGUGGGGUCAAAAUGAUCACAAGAACGGUGAGCAAAAAUCCCAGAACCACACGGGGUGAAUGACCUGCAGAGAGCUGGGACCAAAGUAACAAAGCCUACCAUCAGUAACACACUACGCCGCCAGGGACUCAAAUCCUGCAGUGCCAGACGUGUCCCCCUGCUUAAGCCAGUACAUGUCCAGGCCCGUCUGAAGUUUGCUAGAGUGCAUUUGGAUGAUCCAGAAGAGGAUUGGGAGAAUGUCAUAUGGUCAGAUGAAACCAAAAUAGAACUUUUAGGUAAAAACUCAACUCGUCGUGUUUGGAGGACAAAGAAUGCUGAGUUGCAUCCAAAGAACACCAUACCUACUGUGAAGCAUGGGGGUGGAAACAUCAUGCUUUGGGGCUGUUUUUCUGCAAAGGGACCAGGACGACUGAUCCGUGUAAAGGAAAGAAUGAAUGGGGCCAUGUAUCAUGAGAUUUUGAGUGAAAACCUCCUUCCAUCAGCAAGGGCAUUGAAGAUGAAACGUGGCUGGGUCUUUCAGCAUGACAAUGAUCCCAAACACACCGCCCGGGCAACGAAGGAGUGGCUUCGUAAGAAGCAUUUCAAGGUCCUGGAGUGGCCUAGGCCAGUCUCCAGAUCUCAACCCCAUAGAAAAUCUUUGGAGGGAGUUGAAAGUCCGUGUUGCCCAGCGACAGCCCCAAAACAUCACUGCUCUAGAGGAGAUCUGCAUGGAGGAAUGGGCCAAAAUACCAGCAACAGUGUGUGAAAACCUUGUGAAGACAUACAGAAAACGUUUGACCUGUGUCAUUGCCAACAAAGGGUAUAUAACAAAGUAUUGAGAAACUUUUGUUAUUGACCAAAUACUUAUUUUCCACCAUAAUUUGCAAAUAAAUUCAUUAAAAAUCCUACAAUGUGAUUUUCUGGAAUUAUUUUUCUCAUUUUGUCUGUCAUAGUUGACGUGUACCUAUGAUGAAAAUUACAGGCCUCUCUCAUCUUUUUAAGUGGGAGAACUUGCACAAUUGGUGGCUGACUAAAUACUUUUUUUCCCCCACUGUAUUAGCUAAUGCUGCACUCCGGACGUCUGAAGUUCUGUUACCUAUGAAAAUGAUGCAGGCACUUAUUUUCUUCCCUUUUCCAUUUACAGUAAUGAGGAAGUGGAGGCAUCACAGCAUAUCUUUUUGUGUAUCUUGUUAUGUAAACCCUGGCUUGGUGUUGUCUUUCAGGCAAAUAUAGCUCUGUUUGAGGCCUGCUGUAAGGAGAAGAUCCAGCAGUUUGAAGAUGCAGGCUCUGAUGAGGAGGACAUCUGGGAUGAGAAAGAUGUCACUUUUGCACCAGAAGCUCAGAGACGUCCUCGGUACGGCAGCACCUCUUGGUGGAUAUGUAAAUUAAAUGUCUUAAAUAACUAACAUCUUAUAUUCCGAGGCUGACUCAAAGCACCAAUUUGGGUUUGGGGGAUUGAUACGUUUUAUUGACUUCUGUCCAUUCUGUGCCUCCAUUAGGAGCUCUGGCAGUACAGAUAGUGAGGAGAGCACAGACUCUGAGGAGGAGGAUGUUAAACGUGAUCCCUUUGAGCCCAACAACGCCAGCUCUGAUGACAGAAUGGAGGUAGACACGGGUGAAGGUGAGCGAUUUGUUCCGGGUUGACACACUGGGGUUGGGUUGACAGUUUGUUGGGUAGGUCGGUCUGGUAUGAUCUUUUCAAGAUGAUGCCUUGCUUUUUUGUGACGGCUGCCCUGUUGUUUCAGGGCCUCUGUGGACAGCUAACUUUGACGACACACCCAUGGACACUGGGAGUUCUACGGCGAUGGGAGAAUCUGCCCCAGUCUCCCCCUCCACCACCGCUGCCCCAGUCUCCCCCUCCACCACCGCUGCCCCAGCCUCCUACUCUGCGGUUAUACCAGAGUCUGCUGGCUGGAGCUCCCCCAAUGCCUCCCCUGACAAAGCCACGAGCUGGGCAGACUUCUCUAGCAACUUCUCACCAGUUAGGUAAGGGUUCAUCAUUCACCACCCUCACAGCCCCAAGGCCUUAGGUGGCCCGUAGUAUGAAUAAGGAUGGGGGUAACUGGUGUUCUGUUCAUUCCCCUGCCUUUCCAUGUCUUAUAUUUGAGUUUGGCUAUUUUAAGAGGACAAAUUCAAGAGCUUUUCUGACUUCAUCUUCCAGCCCCAAAGAUCAUUGGAGGAGCAAUUCCCCAGUAGCAAUGGAGACCUGUAUAGAGACAGGGGACCCCUUGGGUGUCAACGCACCAAUGCAGCCUGAAGGUGAGGUUUGCCACUGAGCCAUGCAUUAAUAAGUGUUUUAUUACUCACUCUGUGGUCACUGUGUUAUGAUGCUAUCCCUGUGUGAAGUCCCAGAUUCUGACCAGUGGCCAGGGGAUGAGGCAGAGAAGGCUGGAAGCUCGGACGCAGAAGAGACGGUCACCACUGAGACGGUCACCAACGGCUCCAUGAAGGAAACAGUUAGCCUUACUGUAGAUGCCAAAACUGAAACUGCCGUUUUCAAGAGGUAAGGCUUCUGAUGACUCACCAUAUCCCUUUCCUCCUGUCUCCAAUCCUUCCCUUACAACACAGCCAUUCACCUCACAGAGCAUGUGGAAUUGACCUCUGUGUCUUGCCACGUUUUCCCCCUCCUGCACUGAGUGAGUUAAAGCCAUGCAAGGCAGGGACACCAGUAGACUUGUAUAAAUAUCUAUAUACCAUUUAUGUAUCACCAAACCUGCCGAACCUACAUUGCUGUCUGUUUGUGUUGUUUGAGAAACUGUCCUUAACUUUAACUGCAACACUUACAACAUGAGCUUCCUCUUUCUCUCUGGCGUGCGUGUGGCUUCAGAGUGUUGAAAUCUUAUCGGUAUGUACAGCCACUCGGGGGGGCAGACAUCUGCCGUGUCUUGUUUUCAUGUCAGCCAGAGUUUCUUUUUUUAAAUGAUUAAUUAUUUUGCCAUCUCCAUUUGCAUGUCUAUAUCUCAGAUGUAGUGAUUUGGUCUUCACUCAUCGUCAGUGACGUCGUGAAAUGGCCGUCGGCCCUCAGGAUUAGCCACUCCCAGGCUUUCUGAAUUGGCCUUGUUCUCCUUUCUGUUGAUGUUCAGUUUUAGUUGUGGGUGUGGAUUGGCGAAGGCAGUCUUCAAUAUGUAUCCGCCACCUCCUUGUGCUGGUGUCUCAUUGGCUUUGGAUCACAGCUCAUGGCAUUGUGAGGUGGCUGGAAUAAACUGGAGAGAGAUGAGUCUUAGCCUAGCAGUAGUCCUGUUGUCAUGCAAAACUCAGCUCUACUAGCAAAGAUCUUUUGUUUUUAAGCUUGGAUCUCAAGUCAAACCUUCAAAAUGCCAUCUAGGUAGUUGUAAAUGCAGUUAACUUUGCCAGGUCAUUGUAAAUAAGAAUGUGUUCUAAAUUGACUUGCCUGCUUAAAUUAAAGGUUAAAUAAACCGUACAUAACCGCAUCCUCAAAGAAAAUAAGACCCUUAAAAAUACUUAAAUAUCCUGGUGUGCGUUAGUUUUGCCUAGUAAUUAUGAUGAGGUAGUCGUGGUGGUUUAGUUACAAAAAGCAAGACUGAUGGCUGACAGUUUGAUCCAUUUCCGUGAGUUUCAAAACUGGCAUUAUCACCUCAUGUUCUGCUCUUCAAAACAAGCUUACUCUUAAAAAGAGGCAACUGCUGUAAGUGGAUGGUCAGGAAAUCUAAAUAGACUUCUGCUGCUUUUGUCCAUUUGCUGUCCAUUUUGUUCCUUGCAUCCAUUUUUAACCUCCAUACACAUUGACACAUUCGUUUGCCCCAAUGCUUUAAUGUGGUCUGUCUGUCCCAUUCUGCAUGCGUCAGUCUUUUCCGUUCUGUGUCUAAACAGUGGGGGAUUUCUGUCUACUAGAGUCAUUCCGUAUGUUUGGAAAUGGCAAGAGCUCUGUAAAUGUUCCCUUUUCUCUACAGUGAGGACAUGAAGUUCUCUACCUCAGAAGAUGCAUCUGCAAAGUACGUCGUGGGGGAGAAUGGAACACCAGAGAAGGGAGUCCCUGCAUCAGUCCAGCCUGCCAGCAACGGUCCCAAACCAAGGUCUGGCUGUUGUGAAAUCAUACCUUCACUGGAACUGUCUAGUGCUAGUAAGCUAUUUUCAGACAUGCUGUUGUACCUGUUCUGAUUGUCCACCAGCAGCUCAUGAGUUCCUCUUAUUUCUUCCCUUCCACAGUGCGAAACAUUCAGAUGAGAAAUCAAAAGUCCCCAGUGAUGCUGUUAAUGGUCCCCUAGAAGGAACCGCAAUGGACGAAGCCAAGUAAGUGUCAGCCAGAAUGAGGUUGUGAAGUGUGUGUCGUCCAGUAUGUUAUAGUGUCCUCUCUGUCUGCCCACCUACAGAACAGAGCAGAGUGUGGCCUCACCAGCGGCAGCUGUGAAUGGCCCAGGG